AUGGAGAUGUUGCCGCAACCGUCGAUAACGUCACUCCUUGACUCUCUACACACCCAUCUCCAAUCUCAGACACAAUUACUUCCGACAUUGCAUGGGCAGCUAGGCCUACCACCGACUGCACUCGCAGAUGAGCUACUGUCAUUACAACAGACAUUGACACGAUGUGUAGAGGAUCAGAUAGAUGGCAGGCGGAAGCAGGUGGAUGAAUGGCUAUCGAAAUGCGAGGGGGUGGAGAAGGAAUGCCACAGGUAUGGUGUUGCAUUGGGUGGCCAUAUCAAGGGGCCAGGAAGCACUGUUGGAGAGGCUCGGAAGGAACAUGUUCUCCCCAAACGCUAUGACGUGCUGACAGAAUUACAGGAAAAGCUGAGACAGUUGUAUCAUACGAAAUACGAACAGCUGCUCACCCUCACGAAUCGGAUUGCCGUGCUAUCCCGAACACUAGGGGAGGGAUUCUUUGCGGAAGACAUUCUUGAGCCCAAAGUCGCUGGGGAGGGGAAUCUUUUGAAUGCUGCGAACGUGCAACAUCGGGACGUCACACCCGAGCGUUUCUCGAAAUUGGAGAAGGAGCUUGUUCGUGGCAAAGGUGAAGUUGCCAAGCGAGUAGCGCAACUGCAAUCGAUAUUCGUGCAGAUAGAUUGGCUUUACACAGAACUUGGCAUCGCACCCCCUUCCAUCUCUGAUUUCUCUCCGGACUCGAAUGCAGCCUCGACGUCCUCUCUCCAUCUCUCCGCCCUUUCUCGGCCCAUCACAACGCGGACCAGCAACUCCAACCUCAACCUCAACGCCGAUCCUUUCCUUUCCGAUUCCCUCGCCACCCCUACACCAGGUUCGCGAACGAGACCACGCACACCCGCUCUUUUCCUCACUUCCGAACCCGACCGUCCUGAGACGCCAUACGAACUCGUGUUUGCUCGCUUUGCUGCUCGGCUGGAAGAAGCAGACAGCGAAGGCCUGGUUGAGGGCCACAUAGUCGGACUUGAAGGUGUAGAGCCGACGCCAGGGUUGCUGGCAUGGGCUGAAGGUGUGGUUUCUGACCUCGAAGAUACCAAACGUCGUCGCGAGGGGCGCAUACAGGCGAUGUAUGAUCAACUAGAAGGUCUUUGGCGGCGUCUGGGUGUUCCUGACUCGGCUAUGGAUGGGUUCGUGGACGCUCAUCGAGGGAGUACGGGGGACACGGAGCAAGCGUAUGAGGAGGAGUUGGAGCGGAUGCUCGAGCUGAAGAGAGAGAUGAUGGGCACAUUCAUUCAGAACGCGCGGGAUGAGAUCAGCAAGCUUUGGGAGGAGCUAAUGGUCGGGGAUGAGGAACGCGAGGACUUCGCGCCCUUCUUCGACGAUGAACACACGGAAGAACUGUUGACCAUCCACGAGGACGAGAUCAAACGGCUCAAGGAUGAGCGGCGGAUGAAGGCCCACCUACUUGGCAGCAUACGGAAGUACUUUGACAUCUGCGAAGAAGAGAAAGAGCUCGCGUCCGCGGCCACCGAUCAGAACCGCCUCCUAGGUCGUGGGCCCCGCGAUCCAGGGCGGUUGCUGCGGGAAGAGAAGAUGCGCAAACGCGUUCAGAAGGAGAAACCCCGCCUCGAACAAGACCUCCUCGCAUCCAUACCAGCAUGGGAAGCCGAAGCCGGCCGGCCCUUCCUCGUCCACAGCGCCAGCAUGCUCCAGAUCCUGCUCGAAGCCGCGGGCCUGAGCAGCGACAAGGAGAACGCGCGGCGCAAACCGGGACAGCGCGCAGGCUCGGUACCCCCGCGCGCCACGACGCCGUCCAACUCAAACUCCGCGCACGCGCCCGGCUACGGCCACCAUCUCAGCAGCAGCAGCAGCAGCAGUGGGAAGGGAAGCAUCACGCCCGCCGUCCGCCCUGCCUCGAGCCAAGGCUUGCGCUCCGUCCCGCAAAAGCGGCCCCGCCUCGGCGACGCGACGGCCGCGUACAGGAACGCGCCGGGGAACCCACCUGUCCCGCGCAUCCGCCCGCCGUCCCCGAGCAGAAUUGCAAUGCCCAAGCCCGUCUCCGCGUCGCUCUCGCUCUCGACGUCCACCGCCGCGUCCUCGCUCCCCCGGCCGACACGCAACGUCUCCGCCCCGCGGCCGGGCACGCAGCAUCACACGCUGGGGAUCGGGCGCGCGCCGGCGCGCGCGUUGGGCGCGUCGGUGGGCCCGGGCACGUAUCGCCACGCACCGCGCACCGCGUCUUCCACGACGGCGGUCUAUCGCGCCGCGCCGCCGCCGAAUCCGCAGGUGCUCGCGCGCAAGGCGUCGAGGGCGCGGCGGGAGAGCUUCAAGCCUCGGCCGAGCGUCGACGGAGCGUGGGCCUCUGGUGCGCCGGGUGGGCGAUACGGUGGGUUCGGGGGCGCGAUUGUGAAGGAGGAGGAGGAUUACUGA